AUGAUUGAGGAGGAAGGAAUAUCUGUGAUGGGAGUUGAUGAGGAUGGCAUAUUUAUAAUGGGGGUUGAUGAGUAUGGCAUAUCAGAAAGAGUUGGGGGAUGGAUAUUUAGUGGUGUAUGGUUUAAGACAGGUGUAGACAGAGAUGGUGGAGGUGGAUUUGGUAUGGUGAAGUUGUUUUGUGGUUCAGAAGGAGGAUCAAAGUAUGUUCACGAAGCCAUUACCAAAAUUGUCACUCGUAUCUUGGAUGAACAACAUCAGGUCCCUGGGAUAUCCUUUCCUCUGCAAACUGUGAUCCCUGAAACCAUUGCUGCACCUAGGGCAAACAUCAUAGGGAAGUCAUCUAAUGAUGAUGAUGCCCACAUGGUUGAUGACGAUGUACACUCUCCUGAUGGUGGUGUACAUAUGACUAAGGAGGAAGAUAAUGAUGAUAAUGUCCAAAAAGACAAUGUUGAUGCAGAUGUCAUUGAGGAUGUAAAUGACAUUGGGGAUACUGGUGCUGAUGCUGGUACAAGUACUGCCACUAACACAAGCACACAAGUUGUGGACCUUGAUGACUAUUCUGAUAAUGAUAUGGUAGCUGCUAUGAACCCUAGCAUAGACAAAAGGCUCAUGACUAGGAGGAAAGGUAAGGUUGUUGUUCAAAGUUCUCCCAAGAGAAAGGUUGCUCCUAAAAGUCCCUUUGCUAACUCUAUCAAGAAGAAAAGUACCUCUACAGGUCCCAUUAAGAGCAGAGCUGUAUCUCAGAGUGUUGGUCCUACCAAAUCUUGGAGCAAAGUGGUCCCCAAGAAAAGAAAGGCUCAAGCCAUUGUUGACUCUGACUCUGAUGUUGAUGUUGAUGUUCAAGACAUUCCACUAAGGAAGAAGCCAACAACUAGUAAGCUUGCUGCUAGCGUUCCUGAGGUACCCAUUAAUAAUAUCUCCUUUCAUUAUCCUUCCAGUGUCAAUAGGUGGAAAUAUUUCCACCACAAGAGGUUAGCCUUGGAAAGGAAGUUGGCUCAAAAUGUCCUUGAGAAUAAAGAAAUCAUGGACCUGAUUCAUGAAGUUGGUCUAAUGAAAACUGUUGUUCAUUUGCCCAAGUGCUAUGAAAUGCUGGUAAAAGAGUUCAUUGUGAAUCUAUCAGAAGACUGUGCAGAUAGAAAAUCAAAGGAUUUUAGGAAAGUGUAUGUGAGAGGAAAGUGUGUUAUCUUCUCCUCGACUGUUAUCAACAAUUUUCUUGGAAGAUCUAAUGAAGCCCAACCUGAGUUAGAAGUGUCUGACAAUAAAAUAUGUGAGGUUAUCACUGCUAAGCAGGUGAAAGGAUGGCCCCUGAAAGGAAAACUUUCUGCAAGCAAGCUCAGCAUAAAGUAUGCAAUGCUACACAAGAUUGGAGCUGCUAACUGGGUGCCCACAAACCACAAGUCAACUGUUGCUACUAUGCUGGGAAAGUUUAUAUAUGCUGUUGGAACCAAGACAAAGUUUAACUAUGGUACUUACAUAUUUGAUCAGACAAUGAAGCAUGCCGGGAGUUUUAGUGUGAAGGGUCCUAUUGCCUUCCCAUCUAUCAUAUGUGGUAUAAUUUUAAAUCAGGAAAGUGCUCUCUCAUUUCACUACAAGCUGUUUCAAGGAACCCAUGUUCCUAACAUUGUCACAACAUCAGCUGGAACAUCCAAAGACAACACAUCUACAGGUAAAGAUGAUGUGAUUGCAAUGCUCAGGGAAACAUGCAAGGAGCUGGAGUCCAGAAAACUGGCUCUUGAAAAAUUGAUCAGCUCUCUUGAAAUGGAAGAAGGUGCGGAAUUUGCUGUGAAUGAGGAAGCAGGUCCUGAGGCAGAUGAUGAACAAGAGGAUGAUUCAGAUGAGGUGGAAGAAGAAGAGGCCAGUCCAGAUGAUGGCACAGAUGAAAAAGGUGAUGAAGACAGUUCUGGCGGUUCUUAA